AUGUCUGUGCAAGCAAAUGGAAAGACUCCUACCCAAGCAUUCAGCCAAUGCCCAUUUCGCACGCGUAGUGACUUUCAAGAUGCUUGCCAGGCGCUUCUCGAUCCGCUGGUCUCACGCUUGACUCCGGGAUGCACCCGUGUGAAAAUUGGAUCCUCAACAACUCGAUUCGACGAAUCUGGCGCUCAAAUUGAAGGUUUUGCACGGCCUCUUUGGGCCUUGGCUUCGUUGGUCGGAGGCCGUCAUCAAUAUGCUGAGGCGGUACGUUGGAGGGAAGGGCUCAUCAAUGGAACUAAUCCCGAAAGCCCGGAAUUCUGGGGGGAGCUUGAAGAUAUUGAUCAGCGCAUGGUUGAAAUGUGCCCUAUAGGGUUUACUCUAGCUGUUGCACCGCAUUUCUUCUGGGAUCCCUUGACGGAUAAACAAAAGGAGAACGUUGCGAAUUGGCUGGCUAGCAUUAACGCACGAGAGAUGCCAAAUACCAAUUGGCUAUGGUUCCGGGUGUUUGCAAAUCUCGGUCUUAGGACGAACGGGGCGCCCUAUUCUCUGUCACGCAUUGAGACCGAUAUGGAUCAUCUGGAUACUUUCCAUCUUGGCGGUGGCUGGAGCAAUGAUGGGCCAAAAAGUCACCAUCAAAUGGAUUACUACUCAGGUUCUUUUGCUAUCCAGUUCCUGCAACUUCUCUACUCGAAGUUGGCAGUAGAUUUCGACCCAGAGAGGGCAGGUAGAUACCGAAACCGUGCAAGGGAUUUCGCGAAGGACUUUGUGCAUUAUUUCGACCCGGAUGGAAGCGCCAUUCCUUUUGGGAGAUCCAUGACAUAUCGAUUCGCAAUGGUCGGCUUCUGGGGAGCUCUGGCUUUCGCUGAUGUUGAGCUUGCCGCACCUCUUACUUGGGGUGUCAUCAAAGGUCUUUUAUUGCGACACUUUCGCUGGUGGGCUACCCAGGAAGAUAUCUUCAAUAGCGAUGGAACCCUUAACCUCGGAUAUUCUUAUGCCAACAUGUAUCUCACGGAAAACUAUAACUCCCCGGGCUCCCCAUACUGGUGUUGCUUGUCUUUCAUUCCGCUAUUGCUGCCUGAAUCGCACCCAUUCUGGGCGACUAAGGAGGAGCCCUAUCCUUCCUCUAGUCUUCCAGAAAUAGCAGCCUUACGAUACCCCAAGCACAUCGCCAUUCGUCGCGGAGGGCAUUCAUUUCUGUUGUCUUCCGGGCAGGCCUGUCACUAUCCACUCAAGGCCACUCACGCCAAGUACGGCAAGUUCGCAUAUAGUUCCUCCUUUGGAUACUCUGUGCCAACUGGGUCCUAUCAGCUGGAGCAACAUGCACCAGACAGUAUGCUUGCUCUCUCAGAUGAUGAAGGGGAAAUCUGGAAAACACGCAGACUUGCUAUUGACGCUCGCUUUGAAUGGCAGAACAAUGUGCCUAUCUUGGUCUCUAGCUGGAAACCAUGGCCUGAUGUCGAGAUUGAGACCUUCCUUAUCCCAACAGUAGAAGGAUGGGGAAAUUGGCAUCUUCGUGCCCAUCAUGUGCGUACGGGGCGGGAACUGUUGACUUCUGAAGGUGCAUUUGCCAUUUACGGAUGUCGGCAUGACAACGGUCGAAUUCUGGGGCCUUUGACAAGCAGCUCUUCAGAGGGAACGAUGCAGGAGCCUCGCCGUGCACUCACCGUUUCCUCUGCGGGUGCUGUAGGCAUUGUUGAACUUCAGCCAGCCGUUUAUCGGGAAGGAAAAACAGUACUGGCUGAUCCUAAUUCAAAUCUCAUGCACGGCCGUACUCUAUUACCAUCUUUGGGGGCACGUCUGGGAGCCGGGACCCAGUGCUGGUUUGCAACGGCAGUCUUUGCUUUGCCUGCCGGCGAUGGCAAUAGUUGGCAGGAAAGGUGGCCAAGGGAUUGGGAACAAAAGCCACCCAUUCCAGAGUGGCUGUGGAAAAGAAUAGAAGCCGAUAAUUAG